AUGCUUCAUAAUUUACUGACUAAUAAAACCAAUAUAUCUUUGGCUUGUUGCUUUAUUCAGAUGUAUACCUACUUCUUGAGUGGCUCUGCAGAGUUUCUACUUUUUGCGGUAAUGUCUGUUGACCGAUAUUUGGCCAUAUGCUAUCCUUUACGUUACACUGGGAUUAUGCACAGACGUUUAUGUUUUCAGUUAAUGGCUGGAGUAUGGAUAGGAUCAUUUUUUACAAACCUUAUGCCUUUAAUCCUGCUAUCGAGACUAACAUUCUGCCGCAAUUUAAUUAAUCAUUUUUUUUGUGAUGUGGCUCCGCUUCUCCAAAAUAGUUGCACUGAUACAACUGUGAUUCAGAUUAUCCUUACAGCUUCAUCUUCAACAUUGUUUAUAUCUUUUAUUAUUACAUUUGCUUCUUAUUCUAAUAUUAUUUUAGCAAUUCUAAAAAUCCAGUCAGUGAAAGGACGCGGAAGGGCUUUUUCAACGUGUUCUUCUCAUGCAAUAGUUGUCACUCUUAUCUAUGGUAGCUGCAUAUUCAUGUAUGCCAAGCCUAUGCAAGGCAAAAGAGCUGAGUUUAACAAACAGGUUGCACUGGUGAACACAGUGGUGGUACCUCUGAUCAACCCAUUUAUUUACACAUUGAGGAAUCAGAAUGUUAGAAAAAUACUUAAGGAAUGCUUCAAUGCAUAUUUCAAGAACUGGUAA